AUGACAACAGCUUCGGAAUUGUUGUCAGAUGAUGCGCGAGCCCGUUUCUCGCACACCAAAGCAUUAUUCGAGCAACUCGAAAGACAACAAGAUGUGCCAAGUUUUUAUUCGCCACGUCUACAAAGACAGCAACAACCGAAUUUGGUGCAACAAAAUCAACCGCCACCACCAUUGCCACCAAAACCAUCAAGUCCAAUGUCGCAGGUGAGGAUUUUGAAUUUUUGAAUUUGCCACGUGGAUUUUUUUUUUUGAAAAAAAGUUCUCAAUAACUGCCCAUUAAAUUUCUGGUGAAAAAAAAUUACUCGAAAGUUUUUUGAAACACUAAAUUUUUUUCGGAAAAUUUUCCCGGAAUUUUUUGAAGAUUUUUAGUGUCAAAAAAAUUUACGAUAAACACAAAAGAUGUAAUAAAAUUCACUGUUUCCAAAAUUUUAUUCAAAUUUUUUUUGAAACGUAAAAAUUUAUUGAUAUACAAAAAUCAAGGACAAUAAUCAGGGAAAAAAAUCCGAAAAAAAAUUCUAUAGAAAUUUUGAAACAGUAAAUUUUUUUGGGAAGUUUUCCUAAAAUUUUGAAAGAUUUGUUUGUGUCAAAAAAUUCCGAAAAAAUAACAAAAUAUGUAAAAAAAAAUUCACUGUUUCUGAAAUUUUAUUCAAACAUUUUUGAAACGUAAAAAUUUAUUGAAAUGUAGAAAUCAAGGGCAAAAAUCAGUGGAAAAAUCCCAAAAAAUUCUAUAGAAAUUUGAAACAGUAAAUUUUUUUCGGAAAUUUUCCUGGAUUUUUUUUUGAGAAUUUUUAGUGUCAAAAAAUUUUCCGAAAAUUAACAAAUGUAUGUAGAAAUAGCAAUAAAAUUCACUGUUUCUAAAAUUUUAUUCAAAUUUUUUUGAAACGUAAAAAUUUCUGGAAAAGAAAACCUCGGAAAAGGAAAUGCAUCAAAAAAAAAUUCCAAAAAAAAUUCUAUAGAAAUUUUGAAACAGUAAUUUUUUUCGGAAAAUUUUCCUGGAUUUUUUUAAGAAUUUUUAGUGUCAAAAAAUUUACGCAAAUUAACAAAUGUAUAUAUUUAGAGAUACCAAUAAAAUUCACUGUUUCUGAAAUUUUAUUCAAAAAUUUUUUUGUAAAAAUUUCUGGAAUUUUCAGAAUCGAAAAGAGAAUUAUUCAAUUAUAUAAAAAAUACCCCAAAAAAUUCAAUACUAAUUUUGAAACAGUAAAUUUUUUCCAAAAAUUUUUUUGGACUUUUGAAAGAUUUUUUUCUGAAAAAAAAAAUUUACGUAAAAUUACAAAAGAUGUGAUAAAAUUUACUGUUUCUGAAAUUUUAUUCAAAAUUUUUUUUGAAAAUCUCGCACAAUUAAAACUCAUCAAAAAAAAUUUAAAAAAAAAAAUUUCUAUAGAAAUUUUGAAACAGUAAAUUUUCAAAAUCAAUUUUGAUAAUUUCUGCUAUGAUAAUGUCAUUAGAAAACAAUUCAAAGAAUUUUUAAUCAAAUUUUUUUGAAACGUAAAAUUCUCUGGAUAGAGAAGGUAUGAAAAAUCCUAAAAAUUCUGAAACAGUAAAUUUUUUCAAAUUUAAAAUUCCCUGAUUUUUCAAACCUCAAAAAAAUUUCAAAAAUCCUCCCCAAAAAUCCCCAGAGUCUUUAAAUCUAUAUAGAUAACGAGGACAUUUUUAUUUCUAUUUUUAUUUUUAUUUUUAUACAUCUAUAUAUAUAUACACAUUUUUUCCUCACACAAAAAAUAUUUUUUCCCUUUUUUUUCGAAAAUCUCCGAUUUCCGUUCCAUAAGGGUCCUCUUCUUGCUUUUUUGAACAAAAAAAAUUGAAUUUAUUUUUUUUGUCAAUAAAAUAAAUUGACUUUUUUUCUGCUGUUUCAUGAAAAUUAUUCACUUUUUUGCGAAUUUAAAUUUGAAUUUAAAUUCAAAUUUUUGUGGGCGGAAUAUUUAGUUUUCAAUUUUUCAUUUUCCAUGGAAAAUUAUUGAUUUUUUUGCAGGUCGAACGAAGUUUCAGCGAAUUGGCUGCGGAUUUGGAUCGAAUUCAGUCGAGUCCAGCGACAUCGAGAUUUUUGGCCCAAAAGUGAGUUUUAAGCUAAAAAUCGGGGAAAUACAGAUUUUGAGGCCUUAGAUAUUUCACUGUUUCAAAAUUUGUUCAAAAAAAAUUUAACGGGUUUCAUUUAAAAAAAUUUUUUGAAAAAUAAUUUUCACUCUUUCAAAAAAAAAAAAUUAUAGAAUUUCCCAUGACUUUUGAGAAAAUUUUGAAACAGUUGAAUUUAUUUUAAAAAAAACAUCAUUUGGACUUCCAACAAAAAACACUGCCAAAAAACAAUUUUUUCUAAAAAUUCCCAAAUAUUUCAAAAAAUUUUGAAACAGUAAAUUUUUCCUCACAAAAAAAAUGUGCAUUUUGCUUGCCAGCUUGCAAUAUUCCUUUAUUUCCAUUCAUCGCAUGAUUUGCAUUUUCCUUUUCUCUCAAAUUUUGCAGAUCUCCUCUACCGUAUUCUCACGAGACUACAGUACCCCCUCCUACACACAAUUCGUCCUCAAUUUUGAAUAACAACAAUAAUUUCGAGCCUUAUUGGAGAGAUGGAUCGAUUUAUCGACGACAAUUUGAGAAAAGGUUAUUUUCUUUGUCAAAUAUCGAUUUUCCCGCGUUGCCACGUGGAAUUUUGAAAUCCUCGUGGAAUUUUGACCCGGGAAAGUGCUUGAAUCAAAAAAUUUUGAGCGGCGGGAUCGAACCCGCCACCUCUAGAUCAAUAAAUUGAUCUCUAACCAGCUGAGCCAUUUUUUCGAAAGCUCGCGGGUUCGAUUCCCACUGCCUGCUGGAUUUUUUUGAACGGGAAAAAUCGAUAUUUUUUUGAACACAGGAAAGUUAGUUGAAGUGCCAGAUGUUCGAAAUUCGCCUCGUUUAUUUUUUUUUCGCAAAAAAACUUUUCUUUUUGCUUGAUUUUCAUUUUCAUUUGCUACUUUUACUAACUUUGUUUUGCCUUGAAAAAAAUAAUUUUUGAAAAUUUCAAAUCCCCACGUGGAUUCGGUGCAAGUGCGCUCUGAUGUUAACUCGGGACACCGAAAUAAUAAACAACAAUUUCCCCCAAGAUUUCAAAAGAGGGCAUAGCGCAGUGGUAGUGCUCCAGUUUUUGGUGGCGAAGGUCACGGGUUCGACCCACGCUGCGCGCUAAAAAUUUUUAAUUUUUAAAAAAAUUACACGUUUUUGUUGCAGCUUCGAUGAUCCAAUGAAUAUUCCACCACCAAACCUUCCAAGUGACGCAAUGAAACACACAACCUACGCAGUUGUCAAAACUCCGCUCAACUCGGAAAAUUCCUCAACAGAAUUCGAAAAAGGUCUAAUGGAAACUCGACGUGGAUUGAGUCCCGAUAGAAUUCCGGGUGGAUCUUCGAGUUCAGCAAGUUCAGACCAAAAUCAGGAUCGAGAUCGAAAAGUCUCGUUUUCGACGGCACCGAUCCCAGUCUUCUGUGCCUAUUCAGUUGAUGAUUAUGAUCGAAAAAAUGAGGAUAUUGAUCCGGUUGCAAGUUGUGCUGAAUAUGAAUUGGAAAGAAGAUUGGAGCGAAUGGAUUUGUUUGAAGUGGAUUUGGAGAAAGGAGCUGAAGGAUUGGGAGUUUCGAUUAUUGGUGAGUGACAUUUUUUCGGGAAAUUUUUGGGCUGGAAAUGAAGGUUUUCAUCUGGAAUUUUAGACUAAAAAAUUAGCUACCUUCUGAGCCCACAUAAGCAUAAUUUUUGAAAAUUUAAGAAUUUUUAAGCCUUAAUGUUUCGAGCUAAAAAAAUUUUAUGCAAAUUGCGAUCCGGAAAAAAAAUAUAUAAGAAUUUUUUGAAACAGUAGAUUUUUUGGAAGUAAUUCACUGACGUCAAGUAAAAAGAGUCAAGUAAAAAUUUCGGAGAAUAUAAUUUUCUUGAGACAGUGAAUUUAUUAUUGAAAAUUUUCGUCAGCAACGAAAUUCCUGAAACAGCUUCUGAAUUAUAUGAGAAUUUUUAUCAUAUACUGGUUAAUUUAACUGGUUAAGCCUUGGAAAAUACAAAUUCUUUGAAACAGUAGAUUUUUCUCAAUGGUUAAUUUUGAAAGAGCUUUCAGUCAAGCAACAAGGUCAAACAAAGCAAUCCAAAAAAUAUGAAUUUCUUGAAACAGUGAAUUUUUUUUUCAAAAAAUUCUAGAAUGUAAUUUUAGUUUGACGCCUUAACCUGCUCCAACCAAAUUUUUUAACAACAAUUUGAAAGAAACAAUUUUUGAAACAGUAAAUUUUUGUCGACAAAUAUUUUUUUUAUAAAAAAUGUUCUAUGGAAUAACAUGUACGAAUAAAUAUCAAUUUUUUUGAAACAGUGAAAUUUCCACGAACUAACUGCUCACACAAAUCGAAAAAAAAUUCCUAAUGCAAAAAAAUAUAAAAAUUUUGAAACAGUAAGAAUUAUCUGGGCUCAAGAAAUUUUUGAUAUGAAAAAUAAUAUUUUAAAGUUGAUUACUCAAAAAAAUUUUGAAAAAAAAACACUGUUUCAAAAGUAACAUAACCUAAAUUGAGUAAUUAAAAAAUAACCUAAAAAAUUUCACUGUUUCGAAAUUUUGUGAUUUGAAAUGGUUAUAAGUGAUAGAUAUUAACAAGCACAUAAAAAAAUUGAUUUUUCGAAAAUUAAAAUUUCACUGUUUCAAAAUUUCAUAAUCUAGAGUGUAUAUCCCUCUGCGUCUCUAUCUAGGCUUAUUUGGACUCAAAAAAUCGCAAAUCUUCAGGCCUCCAAAUCUACUCCACUUUUUUUCCAGGCAUGGGCGUCGGCGCAGAUUCAGGCCUCGAAAAGCUCGGAAUCUUUGUCAAAAGCAUAACCCCAGGCGGUGCAGUUCAUCGCGAUGGUCGAAUUCAUGUUUGCGAUCAAAUUGUUUCCGUCGACGGAAAAUCGCUAGUUGGCGUAUCUCAAUUAUACGCUGCAAAUACUUUGAGAUCAACAAAUAAUCGAGUAAUCUUCACAAUUGGAAGAGAACAGAAUUUGGAAGAAUCUGAAGUGGCACAAUUGAUUCAACAAAGUUUGGAACAAGAUCGACUUCGGAUGAUGGAAGAAGUUGAGGAUGAAGAUCAGGAACAAAUUCAACAUCAACAUCAACUUCAAGAACCAACAACUUCAAUGAUUUCGAAAGAAGAAGCUGAGAUUCGCUCGAAAAUUGCAGCGUUGGAAAUCGAGUUGGAUAUGACACAACAAAAUGCGAUUCGAAUGCACGAUGUUUUGGAUAAUACAAAGAUUCAUUGUGAACAAUUGGAGAAGAAAUAUGAGCAGGCAAAUCAGAUGUUGAAAAAUUAUCAGGAAAGGGAAAAGGAAUUAUUGACAAGGGAAGAGAAUCAUGUGGAACAAUUGAGAGAUAAGGAUGUGCAUUAUGCGAGUUUGGUUCGGCAGUUGAAGGUGAGGGGGAGCGGGCAUUUUUGAAAAUUCAAAAAAUUUGGCCAGAAAAAUCCACGUGGCAUUUUUAUUUUGUAAAUUCUUAAAAUUUUGGUACCACGUGAAAAUUGUUUGAAAUUUUGGUACCAAAAAUCCACGUGGAAAACAUCUCGCUGUUUCGAAAAUUCUUCAAUUCUUUAUAAAUUCAUUUUUUUCAUACAUGAUGUGGUUAAUGUAUCAAUUUUCUACAAAUUGCCUCGAAAUUCAUGAAAUUUCUGAAACAGUGAAAAAAAAAUUUUUUUGAAAGUUUUAUUCGGAUCAAUUUUGUGAAAAAUACUCGAAAUUUUAUGGAUUUUUUGAAACAGUGAAUUUUUUCUUCUAAAAAAAUUAGUCCCAGAAAACUUACUGUUUCAAAAAUUAGUUAAAAUAAAUUUUCUGGAAUUCAAAAACGAUAAUGCCAUUAGAAAAAUUCUGUAGCUAAAAAUUCACUGUUUCAAAAAAUAAACAUAUUUUUUCUUGAUUUUUCUCGAUCGAUAUCAACCUUAGUUUCUUACUAAAAUUAUCUGAAUUUUGAAAAAAAAUCUCAAUUUUCUCUUUAAAAAAAUUCAAAAAUUUUAUCGAGGAAAAUCAUGUGGAUUUAAAUUUUUAUUCAAGAAUUUGGUGUGUGAAAUCCUUUUGAAUUUCGAAUUUCUUUGCUUGAAAAAAUUACAUGGAUUUUCAUUUUUUUUCAAAUUCUAUCCAAAACAUCUCACUGUUUCGAAAAUUCUUCAAUUAUUCAUAAAUUCAUUUUUUUUCAUACAUGAUGUGGUUAAUGUAUCACUUUUCUACAAAUUGCCUCGAAAUUCAUGAAAUUUUUGAAACAGUGAAAAUUUUUUUUUUGAAAAAACCAUUUUGAAAGACACGUUGAUCAAUUUUGUGAAAAAUACUCGAAAUUUUGGCAAUUUUUUGAAACAGUAAAUUUUUUCUUCUAAAAAAAAUUAGUCCCAGAAAAUUUACUGUUUCAAAAAUUUGUCAAAAUAAAUUUCAUGGAGUUCAAAAAUAAUAUAUUUGUAAAAAAAUUUUGUAGCUAAAAAUUCACUGUUUCAAGAAAAAAUUAAUUUAAAAAACUGGAUUUGGCUUUACUAUUUACAUUUUGAGUAUUGUUCAUGAUUCAAAAAUUCACUGUUUCAAAAAAUUAAUAUUAUUUUUCUUGAUUUUUCUCGAUCGAUAUGAACCUUAGUUUCUUACUAAAAUUAUCUGAAUUUUGAAAAAAAAUCUCAAUUUUCUCAUUAAAAAAAGUUCAAAAAAUUUUAGCGAGAAAAAAUCAUGUAGAUUUAAAUUUAUACUCAAGAAUUUGGUGUGUGAAAUCCUUUUGAAUUUCAAAUUUCUUUGCUUGAGAAAAUUACAUGGAUUUUCAUUUUUUUUUCAAAUCCUAUCCAAAACAUCUCACUGUUUCAAAAAUUCUUCAAAAUUUAUAAAUUCAUUUUUUUCAUACAUGGUGCGGUUAAUGUAUCAUUUUUCUACAAAUUGCCUCGAAAUUCAUGAAAUUUUUGAAACAGUGAAAAAAAUUUUUUUGAAAGUUUUAUUCGGAUCAAUUUUGUGAAAAAUACUCGAGAUUUUAUGGAUUUCUUGAAACAGUGAAUAUUUUCUUCUGAAAAAAUUACUCUUAUUUUUCCCCGAAAUUUUACUGUUUCAAAAAUUUGUCAAAAUAAAUUUUCUGGAAUUCAAAUAAUACCGUCAAAAAAAUUUUUUGUAGCUAAAAACACACUGUUUCAAGAAAAAUAUCAUUAAAAAACUGGAUUUGGCUUUACUAUUACGGCUUCAAACAGUGGUACUCAUGAUUCAAAAAAUUCACUAUUUCGAAAAUUUAAUAUAAUUUUUCUUGAUUUUUCCAGAAUCGAUAUCAGCCGUAGUUUCUUACCAAAACUAUCUGAAUUUUGAAAAAAACCUGAAUUUUCUCAUAAAAAAUUCAACAAUUUUAUCGAGAGGAAUUAAAUUGAAUUUAAAUUUUUAUUCAAGAAUUUGGUAUGUGAAAUCCUUUUGAAUUUCAAGUUUCUUUGCUUGAGAAAGUUACAUGGAUUUUCAUUUUUUUUUUCAAAUCCUAUCCAAAACAUCUCACUGUUUCAAAAAUUUUCAAAAUUUAUAAAUUUAUUUUUUUUUCAUACUGAGUAAUCUGAUUGGUAAUUGCCUAGAAAUUUAUGAAAUUUUUGGAACAGUGAAAAAAAAAUUUUUUUUUUCAAUUAAAGUUAUUUGGAACACAUAAUAGCGUCGAUGCACCAGUUUUCCCCGAAAUUCUCAAAAAUUUUAGGAAUUUUUUGAAACAGUGAAUUUUUUCUUCUGAAAAAAAUUACUCUUAUUUGUCGCAGAAAAUUCACUGUUUCAAAAAUUUGUCGAAAUAAAUUUUCUGGAAUUCAAAAACAAUAUAACCGUCAAACAAUUUUUGUAGUUAAAAAUUCACUGUUUCAAGAAAAAUUAAUUUAAAAAACUGGAUUUGGCUUUACUAUUAUCACUUUGAGUAUUGUUCAUGAUUCAAAAAUUCACUGUUUCAAAAAUUUAACAUAAUUUUUGACUUUUCAAUAAUCGAUAUUAAUCGUAAUUUCUUACCAAAACUAUCUGAAUUUUGAAAAAAAAUCUGAAUUUUCUAGUAGAAAAUAUUCACUGUUUCAAAAAAUCUUUCAAUUUUUGUUUGAAAUUUUUGGAAAUUCUUCGAGAUAUUUGCUAUCCCAAAAAAUUUCACUAUUUCAAAAAAAGCACAUAAAAAGUUUCAAAUUUUUCCGAUCGAUAUCAAAUUUUUAAUUUUUUGCAGGAAAGAAUCGAUGAACUCGAAACCAAAUUAGACGAAAUGGAAGAACGUCGUCAUUCGAUUCAAAAUCUUGAACUAUGUGAAUUGCGAGAGAAAUUGAAGGAGAAAAUCGAGAAACGAGACGAGGGUUUGGCCUAUAAACCGGGUGGUGAAUUACCGCAUGAGGAUAAGGCUGUUAUGGCGAAUUUGGUGCCAGAGAACUUGGUGAGCAUUUUUGUUUUCAUUGAGUCAAAUUUUGAGGUGAAAAAAUAUCUGGAAAUUUUGAAACGUAUUUUUUUUCGAGAAAAAAAAAUGAAAAUAAUUUUUGAAAAAAUUCACUGUUUUAAAAAAUGUUAGGAAUUUGAAAUUAAAAAUAAAUUUCUAUUCAUUCAAAAUUGAGUUCUCAAAAUUUUUGACCAAAAAAAAUUCACUGUUUCAAAAUAAAAAUAUCUAAAAACUCAGAAAUUCAAGCGCGUUCCCGUACAUAUUUGAAAAUUUAUUUGAGAAAAUUUUACAAAAUUUUGUGAUUUGAAAUGAUUAUGAAAAAUGAGUGAUGUUUUACUACUACUAUCACAUAAAAAAUAAAUUUUUUGAAAAUUAAAAAUUCACUGUUUCAAAAAUUUUUUAUUCUAAAAAUUGAACACUCACAGAAUAAUAACACACUGACUCUCUAACUUCAAAAAAAAAUUCCACAGUUUCAAAACGUUCUCUAGCUUCUCUGCGUCUCUAACUUACCUAUUAUCUCUAGCUGUCUAGCGCGAAGCGCCCCGGAAUCUUCCGCGUAAGCGGCUCGAGUGGAGCGAGUGUAUGUCCCUCUGCAUCUCUAACUUUCUAGCCGAUCGGUGUAAUUGCGGAGUGUCGUAGUUUUUUUUUUCAAAAUGCAAUUUUUGCAGCCCAAAAAAGACGCCGAAGUGUCAGUUGGCAGCAGUUGGACCGAAGAAUAUUCGUCUCCCUGCGAAUCGCCGAUUCCCCGAAUUUCCGAACCCGCCUCCCCAGCUCUUCCUCACAAAUUAUCGGGCCAUCGAAAACUCCUUUUCCCGCUCCGCAAAAAAUUCCUGGCCGAAAAUGAAUAUUGGAAAUAUUCGGCUGGCGGUGUGACAUCAAAUGGCCAACAAAUCGGUUUACAAGCAUUGCAUUGGACUUGUGAUGAUGUUUGUCAAUUGUUGGUUUCGAUGGGAUUGGAUAAAUAUGUGCCCGAAUUUACGAUUAAUAAGGUUAAUGGUGCCAAAUUUUUGGAAUUGGAUGGUAGCAAAUUGAAGGUGAGCAAGCGUUUUGGGGGGAUUUUUGGCACGAAAAUUUUUAAUAUUCCGAAAAAUACUACAUUGAAAUUUUGAAAAAUUGUCUGAACCUUCAAAAAAUUUUGAAACGUAAUUUUCCGGUGAAAAUUACUGUUUUACACUGAAUCUUUGGAAGAAUUUUUAGAAAUUUUUGAAACGUAUUUUUUGUUGUUUAAAAAAAAAUCUCACUGUUUCAAUUUUUCAGAUUGCAAAUUUUGGUACCAAAAAUCCACGUGAAAAAAUCUCACUGUUUCGAAAAUUCUUUAAAAUUUAAAAAUUCAUUUUUUUCGUACUGGGUGUUCUGAUGAGUAAUUGCCUUGAAAAAAAAUUUUGAAACAGUGAAAUUUUUUUUUUGAAAAAAAAAUUGUUUUGAAAGUUUUAUUUGGAACACAUAAUAUCUAAAUGCAUCAAUCAAUUUUGUGAAAAAUACUCGAAAUUUUAUGGAUUUCUUGAAACAGUGAGUUUUUUUUUCUAAAAAAUUUUGGAAAAAUUUAUCUGUUUUGUCCCAGAAAAUUUACUGUUUCAAAAAAAAAAAUUUUGAAAAAUUGUCAGAACUUCAGAAAAUUUUGAAACGUAGUUUUCCGGUAAAAAUCACUUUUGCACUGAAUUUUUAAAAUUUUCAGAAAUUUUUGAAACGUAUUUUUUGUUGUGAAAAAAUCUCACUGAUUCAAAUUGUUUUAAUAAUUUUUGCUAGCUUUCACAAAAUGAUGGAACGAUGGUGGGUUGAAAAAUAAUUUUCACUGUUUCAAAAUUAUGUAAAGUUUUUUGAAACAAUUAUAUCUACUGUUUCAAACCCCAAAAUUCAAAUUUUUCCAGACAAUGGGAAUCCAAAAUCAUUCCGAUCGUUCGCUAAUCAAAAAGAAGGUCAAAGGAAUGAAGAACAAGAUCGAAAGAGAGCGAAAACAAUUGGAAAGAGAAAGUCGAACUCGUGUUAUUGCUCAUUCUAUACCAAUGUAA